AUGGCGGGGCUGAAGCGACGGGCAAGCCAGGUGUGGCCAGAAGAGCACGGCGAGCAGGAGCACGGACUGUACAGCCUGCACCGCAUGUUUGACAUCGUGGGCACCCACCUGACACACAGAGAUGUGCGCGUUCUUUCCUUCCUCUUUGUCGAUGUCAUUGAUGACCAUGAGCGUGGCCUCAUCCGAAAUGGACGUGACUUCUUAUUGGCGCUUGAGCGCCAGGGCCGCUGUGAUGAGACAAACUUCCGCCAAGUGCUGCAGCUGCUGCGCAUCAUUACUCGCCACGACCUGCUGCCCUACGUCACCCUCAAGAGGAGGCGGGCUGUGUGCCCUGACCUUGUAGACAAGUAUCUGGAGGAGACAUCGAUUCGCUACGUGACCCCCAGAGCCCUCAGUGAUCCAGAACCAAGGCCUCCCCAGCCCCCUAAAACAGUGCCUCCUCACUAUCCUGUGGUGUGCUGCCCCACUUCAGGCCCUCAGAUGUGUAGCAAGAGGCCAGCUCGAGGGAGAGCCACACUUGGGAGCCAGCGAAAACGCCGAAAGUCAGUGACACCAGAUCCUAAGGAAAAGCAGACGUGUGACAUCAGGCUGCGGGUCCGGGCCGAGUACUGCCAGCACGAGACUGCUCUGCAGGGCAACGUCUUCUCCAACAAGCAGGACCCACUGGAGCGCCAGUUCGAGCGCUUUAACCAGGCCAACACCAUCCUCAAGUCCCGGGACCUGGGCUCCAUCAUCUGUGACAUCAAGUUCUCUGAGCUCACCUACCUCGACGCAUUCUGGCGCGACUACAUCAACGGCUCGCUCCUGGAGGCACUGAAAGGCGUCUUCAUCACAGACUCGCUUAAGCAGGCUGUGGGCCACGAAGCCAUCAAGCUGCUGGUGAACGUGGACGAGGAGGACUACGAGCUGGGCCGACAGAAACUCCUGAGGAACUUGAUGCUGCAGGCCUUGCCCUGA